AUGUCUUUGCAAGGUCAACUAGAUAGGUUCAAGAAACAGCAAGAGAAGUGUCAAUCGACGCUUUCCAGCAUUGCUGCGAGUCAGGUUGGUGGUAGAAAACCUAGUAAUCCAGUAGUUGCACAUGCGUCGAUCAAUGGGAGAAAUUCGACUACGGGUAUCAAAUUCUCCAAAGAUACUGAGAGGCUUCAGCAGAUUAAUACUAUACGGAAAGCCCCUGUUGGUGCUCAGAUGAAGCGUGUUAUUGAUAUGUUGUUUGAGACGCGGAAGGCGUAUACUCCAGAGCAAAUAAAUGAAGCAUGCUAUGUUGACAUGAGGGCUAACAAAGAUGUUUUUGACAAUCUGAGGAAAAACCCAAAAGUACACUAUGACGGACAACGAUUCUCUUACAAGGCAAAGUAUGGCCUUAAGGAUAAAACUGAGCUUCUUCAACUGGUACGUAAGUAUCCAGAGGGCAUUGCUGUUAUUGACCUAAAGGAUGCUUACCCCUCUGUGAUGGAAGACUUACAGGCUUUGAAAGCUGCAGGGCAAAUCUGGCUACUUGCCAACUUUGAUUCACAUGAAGACGUUGCAUACCCGAAUGACCCCAAAGCAAUCAUUAAGGUGGAUGACGACCUAAAACAGCUAUUCCGGAGUAUUGAGUUGCCCCAUGAUAUGAUUGACAUAGAGAAGGAUCUUCAAAAGAAUGGAAUGAAGCCUGCUACCAACACUGCAAAGAGGAGGAGUGCAGCACAAAUUGAUGGCAUUUCUUCCAAGCCAAAGCCUAAGAAGAAGAAGAAGAGUGAAAUCACCAAAAGAACCAAGCUGACCAAUUCCCAUCUUCCGGAGCUUUUUAAGAAUCUAAACAAUUCCUGA